UAAAGACCGAGGUCCGGAAGCCACCAGGAGGUUUUUCAACUGGUUUUACUGGAGCAUUAACUUGGGAGCCAUCCUGUCUUUAGGGGGCAUUGCCUACAUCCAGCAGAACAUCAGCUUUGUGACUGGCUACGCCAUCCCCACAGUGUGCGUGGGCCUUGCGCUGGUGGUCUUCCUUUGCGGCCAGAGCGUGUUCAUCACCAAGCCUCCCGACGGCAGUGCUUUCACCGACGUGUUCAGGAUACUGACAUACUCCUGCUGUGCCCGGACGCGUGGUGGGCGGUGCCGCAGCAGUGGUGAAGGCAUUGGAGUCUUUCAGCAAUCUUCUAAACAAAGUCUGUUUGAUUCAUGUAAGAUGUCUCACGGAGGGCCUUUUACAGAAGAUACAGUGGAAGAUGUGAAAGCUCUGGUCAAGAUUGUCCCUGUUUUCUUGGCUUUGAUACCUUACUGGACAGUGUAUUUCCAAAUGCAGACGACAUAUGUUUUGCAGAGUCUUCAUUUGAAGAUUCCGGAAAUUUCAAGUAUUACGACCACUCCACAUACGCUCCCAGCUGCCUGGCUGACCAUGUUCGACGCUGUGCUCAUCCUCCUGCUCAUACCCCUGAAGGACAAGCUGGUCGACCCCAUUUUGAGAAGACAUGGCUUACUCCCAUCGUCCUUGAAAAGGAUCGCCGUGGGCAUGUUCUUUGUCAUGUGCUCUGCCUUUGCUGCGGGAAUUCUGGAAAGUAAACGACUGGACCUUGUUAAGCAGAAGACCAUCAAUCAGACCAUCGGCAACGUCGUUUACCAUGCUGCCGACCUGCCCAUCUGGUGGCAGGUCCCACAGUACGUGCUCAUUGGCAUCAGCGAGAUCUUUGCCAGCAUAGCAGGCCUGGAAUUCGCAUAUUCGGCUGCUCCCAAGUCCAUGCAGAGUGCCAUCAUGGGUUUGUUCUUCUUCUUCUCUGGCGUCGGCUCGUUUGUGGGCUCGGGCCUCCUGGCGCUGGUGUCCCUCAAAGCCAUUGGAUGGAUGAGCAGCCAUACGGACUUCGGUAACAUCAAUGGCUGCUACUUGAACUAUUACUUCUUCCUCCUGGCUGCUAUUCAGGGAGCCACCCUCCUGCUCUUCCUCAUCGUGUCUGUGAAGUACGACCGCCAGCGAUCGAGAGCGGGUGCUGGGCUUGCGGGUGGGAGGGCCUGACCUUCCUGGGGCCCAGGCUUCCUAGACGGACAUGCCUGGCACUGGCCGGGCAGCACUGAGAGUGGUCGGGUGUAAGUCCUGCAGAAUGUCUGACUCUCUGAGACUUACUUGUUGCCCGACUGGCUUCUUGUUUCCCCUGCCCAGAUGAGCUAGGUAAGUGCCUUCCUGCAACCUGUCCCCUGGCACGCGGGCCCUCCUGGAGGAGAAGAGAGGCUCCGCACGUGUCGCUUCUUGUCACGAAAGGUCUCUGAACCCCGCAGCUGUGUUUCCUCUUCCACAAAAACUCACAGAGGAGAUUGCAAGGUCUUGGGAGGCUGCACGUGUUGGUUGGCGUCCCAGUUUCUUAGAUAAAUGUGAUCACUUCCUUCCCACAGCCAUCUGAUCUCACUUUAAAAAAAAUUAAUAAGCAUCUACUUGUAUUCAGGAAAGUGAGGAUUUUUUUUUCCUGAGACAAAAGCACGGUCAGAUACGGCAGGAUUUUACAUAAAUGCCGUAUUUAUGGUGUCUUUUGUAAGCCACAAAUCUUGCCAUUGCCCAGUUCUCUGGUAUAGGCUGGUAGUGAAUAUAUUUCCUCUGCUGCUUCCAAACAUACUUAAUUUUUAGCCACUGACAUUACUUUUUUUUCCCCAAAGAAAAAACAUACUAAAGAAUUAUUUGAGACCAUGUGUCCUAUCUCAAGCAUCUGAAUGACUUACAGGGUAUCCUAGUCCUUACCGAAUGAGUCUUGACAUGUAAGUUUAUUUGGGUACCGUUGAGGCUGAAGGCCACUCAUGGCUGGGCGUGAGGAAGACAUGUUUUUGGAAAGAAUUAGUGUGAUUUAAAAAAUUGUUAAUGUGAACUUGAGCUGUUUGAUUAGUCACCAUCUUUUGUAUUGUUGUUUCACACGUCUCUGGGGUUCUAAGUUUGUUAAUAAUCAACUCUGUAUUUGCUGCUGUAUUUUGGCAUAACUUUAUUAUUAAAAGCAUCUCAAGUCUGAGACCAUGA